CGGGGCGGGGGUGGGGCCUCGCGAGGCGGCUCCCGGCGCGCCGCCGAGGGGGGCGCUGAGGCCGCAGUAGCGCUUGGGCGGCGGCGGCUGAUGGUGGCGGCGGCGAUGGGUUUCGCGCUGCGCUUUCCCCUCCUGCUCCUCCUGGGGCUCGCCGGCCCCGCGGCCACGCUCGCCGGCUACAUCGAGGCGCUGGCAGCCAAUGCUGGGACAGGGUUUGCGGUGGCAGAGCCUCAGAUUGCCAUGUUCUGUGGGAAGCUAAAUAUGCAUGUGAAUAUCCAGACUGGGAAAUGGGAACCCGACACUUCGGGGACCAAGAGCUGCUUUGGAAGAAAGGAAGAGAUUCUGCAGUACUGCCAGGAGAUGUAUCCAGACCUUCAGAUUACGAACGUGGUGGAAGCCAAUCAACCUGUCAGCAUCGACAGCUGGUGCAAGAGAGGGAAGAAACAGUGCAAGGACCACACUCAUAUUGUUGUGCCCUACAAGUGCCUGGUGGGUGAGUUUGUAAGCGAUGUCCUGCUGGUUCCAGAGAAAUGCAGGUUCUUCCACAAGGAGCGGAUGGAUGUGUGUGAAAGCCAUCAGCACUGGCACACUGUGGCAAAAGAGGCCUGUCUGACAGAAGGGAUGAUCCUGCACAGUUAUGGCAUGCUGCUGCCCUGCGGAGUAGACCAGUUUCAUGGAACAGAAUAUGUAUGUUGUCCUCAGACAAAGGUUGUGGAUGAGGCUCUGUCCAAAGAGGAAGAGGAUGAAGACGAGGAUGAAGACUAUGACCUUUAUAAAAGUGAGUUCCCUACAGAGGCAGGUGUAGAAGACUUCACAGGAACAGCCGUGGAGGAAGACGAGGAUGAAGAAGAUGAAGCGGAAGAGGAGGAGGACGUGGUGGAAGACCGUGACUACUAUUACGAUAGCUACAAAGUUGACGAUUACAAUGAAGAGACCCCCACGGAGCCUAGCAACGACAAGGCUGUUUCCGAAAAAGAAGUUGGCAGCGAUAUGAAAUCUGUCUGCUCCCAGGAGGCGAUGACAGGGCCCUGCCGGGCUGUGAUGCCUCGUUGGUACUUCGACCCUAACAAGAGAAAAUGCAUUCGCUUUAUAUAUGGAGGCUGCGGAGGCAACAGGAACAAUUUUGAGUCAGAGGAGUAUUGUAUGGCUGUGUGUAAAAAGAUGAUGCCGACUGAUGAUGUGGAUGUCUACUUUGAAACCCCGGCUGACGACAAUGAACAUGCCCGCUUCCAGAAAGCGAAGGAGCAGCUGGAGGUCAGACACCACAACCGCAUGGACCGGGUGAAAAAGGAAUGGGAGGAAGCGGAACACCAAGCCGUAAAUCUCCCCAAGGCAGAAAGACAGACUCUCAUUCAGCACUUCCAGGCAAUGGUUAAAUCUCUGGAGAAAGAGGCAGCAAGUGAGAAGCAGCAGCUUGUGGAAACUCACCUGGCUCGUGUGGAAGCCAUGUUGAAUGAUCGCCGUCGGAUUGCUCUGGAGAACUACCUGGCUGCCCUGCAGGCUGACCCGCCGCGGCCCCACCGCAUCCUGCAAGCUCUGAAGCGCUAUGUUCGUGCUGAGAACAAGGACCGUCUGCACACCAUCCGCCAUUACCAGCACGUCCUGGCAGUUGACCCAGAAAAGGCCGCACAGAUGAAAUCUCAGGUGAUGACACAUCUCCAUGUGAUUGAGGAGCGGAUGAAUCAAAGCUUGUCUCUGCUCUACAAGGUGCCAUAUGUGGCUGAAGAAAUCCAGGAUGAGAUUGAUGAGCUGCUUCAGGAGCAACGUGCAGACAUGGAUCAGUUCACAUCCUCCAUUUCUGAAUCCCAGGUGGAAGUCAGAGUGAGCUCCGAGGAGAGCGAAGAAAUUCCCCUGGAGGGCAAACCUUUCCGUCCGUUCCAGGUGAAAACCUUCCCAGCCUUGCCUGAAAGCGAAGAUCCUCAGCCGGAUUUGUACCAUCCAAUGAAAAAAGGUUCUGGCAUGACUGAGUUGGAUGGGCUGAUUGGCGCCGAAGAAAAAGUGAUUAACAGCAAGAACAAAGUGGAUGAAAAUGUGGUAAUUGAUGAAACCCUUGAUGUGAAGGAAAUGAUUUUCAACGCAGAGCGUGUCGGUGGGCUGGUGGAUGAGCCGGAUAAUGACAACUCCCUUCGCGAUGACUUCAGUUUCAGCAGCAGCGCCCUUAUUGGUCUGUUGGUGAUUGCUGUUGCCAUAGCUACUGUUAUAGUCAUCAGCUUGGUGAUGCUGAGGAAGAGGCAGUAUGGGACCAUCAGCCAUGGAAUCGUGGAGGUUGACCCGAUGCUUACCCCGGAAGAGCGGCAUCUGAGCAAGAUGCAGAACCAUGGCUACGAGAACCCCACUUACAAAUACCUGGAGCAGAUGCAGAUAUAAAAGAGAUGAAGAUACAACAGCCCUGACCGGGAAAGAAGCAGGGCGGAGGGCCAAAGGGGUCCAGCGUUUUGGAUCAACUACUGACCAACAGUUGCUUCGAGAGGACUUCAUCUUACAUUCAGAACUCCUGGAUCAUUAAGACUAUAAUUACUACUGUAGAGUUGCAAUUUCCAUUCUUUUAAAUGGGUGAAGAAAUGAUAAUAUAACAAUAUGAUAUAUAAAUCUCCUUAAAUGGGAAAAAUGGAUCUAUUGCAGAUAUUUGACUGAGAUGUAGUUUUCUUUUUUUUUAAUAAUCUGAAAAAUACCAGUUCCGUUGUACUGUUGUCUGAUACAAGCUCUAUAUAUAUAAAAUGGGAAAUGUUGAUUUUUAUUUCUGAUAGACCACCUGUAUAUUGAGGGUCAUUUGUACCAGCCCGCCUUGUAAAAAGGAGACAGUUGUGGCUCUUCAGUCAUUUUGGCUUUUAUAUAUAAAGCAGUAUUCUUUUUUCCUUUUUUUUAUUUUUUUUUUUAAAGUGAAUUUCACUGGGAGUUGCAAAGAGAUUAAUUUAGAGAUAGGAACUAUGACAGCGUAAGCAAGGAAGCAAUUGGGAAUGGUAACUAACAGAAAUCCUUAUAAUGAGAAAAAAAGAAAAAGAAAAAAAAAAAGAAAAAAAACCCCAUCCUCAUAUGCCAGUGGUGUGCACCCUGCUGCUUAGCAGUUUGGGCUCUAGGAAUCAAGACUCCCUGGAGGCAAGGAGUUAAAAGGCUUCUAGCAUCUCUGUUUAUAGUUAUUCUAGUGGAAUGUUAGAACAUGGUUUGUGCAUACUGGGGUCUGCACAUUCCCCUUCCAGAUUCAGUUCUGCUCUAGAGUUGGAAGUUCCCGGUAUUGGAUUUGAAUCCUCCGUUCUGAACCAGUUUCCUUCAGUACUCACCUGGCAUUAACAGCCCCCCCUCUUGCUACUACUUUCUAAUUUUCCCCAGCUCUCCUGCCUCACCGACGUGGUAAGUAGUUAAGAGACGCAGGUUUUCGAGCCUUUGCAUCUCUUUCGGUGAUGUUGGGCCAUAGACACGGCUUUGGGUCUUUGCCCAGAAAUGACAAAUCACUGCAAUAAAUCAGUACCUUGGGAGCUGAAUUACGUGGAGUUGGCUGCAACUGGGGUUAAACCAGCAGUUCGCUUAACUGGGGUUAAGAGAGGGGUAAGUUGGGAAAGGGAUACUGCCUGCUUUAGGGGAAAUUGGAUGCACAGGCCCCAAGAAGAACAAAAGGGGUAUUGUUCCACUCACCACCAUGUCUUUGUAAUGCUUGUAUAGUUGGUGUUAAUGCUCACGGCUUUUUUAAAUCUGGAGGUUCUGGUAACCUGUGGUGUAUUUUUUCUAUUUUUCCUGUGACUUUAUUUUUUCUUCCCCCUUCCGUGUCUCUUCCCACUAUGCACAGAUUUACCUGCAAACUCCUUAGUGUGGUCUGUGGGGAAUGUACAAAGUUUAAACACAUCAAUAAACACUUUAACUUCCA